AUCUUCGCAGAGGAAACGUUUAAGUAGUUUGGCCUAGUUCGCUUGCCAUUACGGCAGAGCGUCAUGCGGAGGAUUGUGGGUGCGAGUCCCACAUGAGGCUUGGAAAAGACUCCGGACGUAUUUGGUUUCUUCAAGCAUUUUUUCUGCAAGAUUAAAAAUUAAAAAUGUCAUCCAAACAAGAAAUAAUGAGUGACCAGCGGUUUAGACGGGUUGCAAAGGACCCGAGAUUUUGGGAAAUGCCAGAAAAGGAUCGAAAAGUCAAAAUCGACAAGAGAUUUCGAGCUAUGUUUCAUGACAAGAAAUUCAAGUUGAACUAUGCUGUGGAUAAAAGAGGGCGCCCCAUUAACCAUAGCACUACAGAAGAUUUGAAACGUUUUUAUGACCUUUCAGAUUCUGAUUCCAAUCUCUCUGAUGAAGAUAGCAAAGCAUUGAAUCAAAAGAAAAUAAAGAAGAAAAAAACCCCAACUAAAAAAGAAGUAGAUUCAAAAAAUCUAGUUGAGGAGAAAAAGGAAAAAACCAAUGCUAAUCAGAAGGGUUCUGAAAAUAAAACUGAUUUAGAUAAUUCUGAAGGAAUUAAAAAAAUGCAAACCUCAUGUAAAUCUAAGAUAGAUUCAAGCAUAAGUCUGAAGAAGGAUAGCAAAGAAUUUAUACAAAAAAGCAUGAAAGAGAAAAAAAACAUUGUUCAACAUACUACAGACUCUUCUCGCAAAGAAAAACAAAGGAUAUUAGAUUCGAGCACCUCUGAAAUCGUGAAAUCUCCCAGGAUCAAGUGUUCUAAGACAAGAAGAGAAAUGCAAUCAGUGGUUCCACCAAUAAUGACAAGAGACAGUGAUGGUUAUGAAAACUCAACAGAUGGUGAAAUGUUUGACAAAGAUGCUCUGGAGGAAGAUUCAGAAAGUGUUAGUGAAAUAGGAAGUGAUGAGGAAUCUGAAAAUGAAAUUACAGGUGUCAGUAGAGCUUCAGGUGAUGAUGAUAAUGGAAGUGAAGAUGAUGAAGAAGAGAAUGAAGAUGAGGAUAGUGGGGAUGAUGAUGAAAGUGACAGUGGCCCUGAUCUUGCAAGGGGUAAAGGAAAUAUAGAAACUAGUUCUGAAGAUGAAGAUGAUAUGGCAGAUUUGUUUCCAGAAGAAUCUGGUUUUGAGCAUGCUUGGAGAGAAUUAGAUAAAGAUGCUCCUCGUGCUGAUGAGAUUACACGUCGAUUAGCAGUUUGUAACAUGGACUGGGAUAGAUUAAAGGCAAAAGAUUUGCUGGCUCUGUUCAAUUCAUUUAAACCCAAAGGAGGUGUUAUAUUUUCCGUCAAGAUAUAUCCUUCAGAGUUUGGAAAGGAGAGGAUGAAGGAAGAGCAAGUUCAAGGACCAGUAGAGCUACUAAGUAUUCCCGAAGAUGCCCCAGAAAAGGACUGGACCUCUAGAGAAAAAUUGAGAGAUUAUCAAUUCAAACGACUGAAAUACUAUUAUGCAGUAGUAGAUUGUGAUUCUCCAGAAACGGCUAGUAAAAUUUAUGAGGAUUGUGAUGGCCUGGAAUUUGAAAGUAGUUGUUCUUUCAUAGAUCUAAGAUUUAUACCAGAUGAUAUUACUUUUGAUGAUGAGCCUAAGGAUGUUGCCUCGGAAGUGGAUUUAACAGCAUAUAAACCAAAAUAUUUCACAUCUGCUGCAAUGGGAACAUCAACGGUGGAAAUCACUUGGGAUGAGACUGAUCAUGAAAGAAUUACGAUGCUCAACAGGAAGUUUAAAAAGGAAGAGCUUUUAGACAUGGAUUUUCAAGCCUACUUAGCUUCCUCUAGUGAAGAUGAAGAGGAGAUAGAAGAAGAGCUACAAGGUGAUGAUGAAGUCAAUGUAGAAGAAGAUGGGAAAACAAAGAAAAGUCAGAAGGAUGAUGAAGAACAAAUCGCCAAGUACAGGCAGCUCUUACAGGUUAUUCAAGAAAAAGAAAAGAAAGGCAAAGAAAAUGAUAUGGAAAUGGAAAUUAAAUGGGUUCCAGGUCUUAAAGAAAGUGCAGAAGAGAUGGUCAAGAACAAAUUGGAAGGCAAGGAUAAACUAACUCCUUGGGAGCAAUUUUUAGAGAAGAAGAAAGAAAAAAAAAGACUGAAAAAGAAACAGAAGUCUCUUGCUGAAGAGGCCAGUGAAGAGGAACUUCCCUCUGAUGUUGAUAUGAAUGACCCAUACUUUGCUGAAGAAAUUAAAAAAAUAGGUAUAAAGAAAAAAUCAGUAAAAUCUGCAAAAGAUGGCACAUCUCCCAAAGAAGAAACUGAAAUAGAAAGACAAAAGGCUGAAAUGGCUUUGCUUAUGAUGGAUGAAGCCGAGGAUGGUAAGAAACACUUCAAUUACAACAAGAUUGUAGAGCACCAGAAUCUGAGCAAAAAGAAGAAAAAGCAGCUCAUGAAAAAGAAGGAAUUAAUAGAGGAUGACUUUGAGGUAAAUGUUAGUGAUGCACGGUUUCAGGCAAUGUACACUUCCCAUUUGUUCAAUUUGGACCCCUCAGAUCCCAAUUUCAAGAAAACAAAAGCUAUGGAAAAAAUCCUUGAGGAGAAAGCCCGGCAAAGAGAACAGAAAGAACAAGAACUUAUUCAGACAAUAAAGAAAAAAGAGAGUGAGAUUGAAAGGGAAUCACAAACGAAGUCCAUUGAUCCUGCCUUGUCAAUGUUGGUUAAAUCUAUAAAAACAAAAACAGAGCAGUUUCAAGCAAGAAAAAAACAAAAAGUCCAAUAACUUGAUGUUACUUAUUUUUGAAUUGAAUACAUCUUUUCCUAAAAUAUAUGAAAAUCGUAGGAGGAAUAUUUAUUGGGAACAAAGCUAUCUUUCAAGAAUAUGAAUAAAAUCUUUUUCUGAACAUAGUAAAAUUUUUCUCCAUAGUUGUUUUUAAUUGUGGAUGGUUGACAAAUUUGUAUUGUAUAUUCCUACAGAUUAGUCAUAAUUAAACCAAAUGACCUGAA